GAACGACGAAGACGUCGACACAAAAUCUUAUUAAGCAAUAGAUUUUAUGAAACUACUUUUAGGCGUACGUACAACAGGUCAAGUUGUGUCAGUGGCGCUAGGUUGUUGUGGUACCGACCCAGAAACGACCCAGUAUUAAGUGAUGCUGUCACCGGGAAGUCCUUCCAAAUGGCAAAUGCAAUAUUCCCUCUCCUCGACCCCCAGUUCUCUCCUGUACAGUGAGAGUGACCAGACGGAGGACGAAUCUGAGGUCUUCACCUCUGAGAUUAAAGCUGGAGGAGUUGCGCCUGAUCCAAAGCUAUUCUCCUUGGCCAAUGGGAGCUCUCAAAAUUCCAAACCGACUCUCACCUUUGUGAACCAGAGGAGUGGUAGAGUUGAAAUUGGUCAAACUGGAUGUUUCUCGCCAUCUCCAGCUUACAACAGUCAGAACCCAGCGCCAUACGAAAGGAUUCCCACAGAGGGAGACCUGAGGUUUGCACGCAAAUGUUCAGAGCUGCAUGGGUACAUCAGGCCUCUGUUGGAGCUGUUGAAUGGGUUGAAAAGGGGUCGAUAUGAAAAAGGUUUGAGCACAUUUCAGCAGAGUGUUGCCAUGGAUAGACUGCGAAGGAUUGUGGGUGUUCUACAAAAACCUGACCUUGGGGAGAAGUAUAUGGGGACUAUUCUGCAGCUGGAGAUGAUGUUAAAGGCUUGGUUCCCUCAGGUGAGGCCUCAGCAUCGCGAUGGCACCCCUUCAUUCCAAAAUUGUAUGGCUAGUCUGCCUCCACGCUGGAAUCAGGACCAGUUACAUAUUCCUGUAAAGAAACGCAGAUUAAGUUGGUCAGACUCUGACUCGCAAGGUUCCUCAAGCAGCAAACGUAUUCUACAGGACGAUCGAGCACCAAGCCCCAGCGAUACUAGCUCAUGGAUCAGCAACUCUGAAACCAGAUUUAGCGAACUUGAAGACAGUGCAAUCUGUACUAAUCAAAAUAAAAUGACAUCUGAAUCCAAACACAUCAAAAACAGCCAUCUUCAAGUUCAGCAAAAGACAAACUCCUUAAACGAAACCCCUGUGACUGCAAAAGGAAGACCGCCUCCGCUUGUAAUACCACCAUCAGCCACAGAAGGCAGCAUCUUGUUUAUGCAGGAUUGGUCAGUGUCCUCCACGACUCCUACUUCUGACCCACCAGCAGACUUGAUGAUAAGUGGGAAAGAUGUGGGCGAAUCUGUAAAAGGAGAGGGGCCAGAAAAACAGGUUAAUUGUAAACAUCAUUGCACAGAGAUGUUAAACACAUAAUGUUUUGAAGUUUCUCGCAUUUAAAGGAAUGGCCAUUUUUUUCCCAUCCUGUUGAAAUUGGGAAAUCAUUGUUUUUCACAAAGUGAAAAGUGUUUUUCAGUUCCUUGGACUUUACAUUCUGCCACAUAUAUGUACAACACAGAAGUUAUCAUAUGUACAGUGUGGCAUAAGAUUUGUUUUUAUAAGAUUAUAGAUUCUACAUUUCUUAAGUCCUAAGAGGUCAGAGAUGUGUCUUAAAAUACGUGCUUGAGCCAUAUGGUCAACCGGUGAAACAUGCACAGCUAUCAAACACUCUACUGCACUGCCUUUCAUGAUAACACAGGCUUCCAACAAUAUUUAUGAACAUGGCACCAGGAAGCUAGAAGAAUAGUCUGAUAAAACAUCCAAACAAAAUCUACCUUAAUGUCCUUUGACUUGAAUUGAAAACCACUUUGAGCAACGAAUGGAAU